CCAGGCCCCCCCUCACGAAGGAACUGCAGAUGCUGGUUUAAACCGAAGAUAGACGCAAAAAGCUGGAGUAACUCAGCUGGACAGGCAGCAUCUCUGGAGAGAAGGAAUGGGUGACGUUUCGAGUCAAGAUCUCGACCUUAAAUGUCUUUACUGAUUUGUUGAAGAUUCUGACCGAGAAUGGAGAAGCCCCCCUUUAGGCAGGUUCCGACAAGUGGGCCUUGGGAUCUAAAGGAACGCCUUGGAGCAGGGGGCUUUGGACAUGUCUAUAUGUACGAACAUAAGAGCACUGGGGAAAGGAUUGCAGUUAAAGCCUGUCGUGUGGAGUUGAGUGCAAGAAACAAGGAGAGGUGGUGCCAUGAGAUUCAAAUCAUGAAAAAGUUAAACAAUGCAAAUGUUGUUAAAGCUCGUGAAGUUCCCGAAGAAAUGCAGGGUGUUGCCUUUAAUGAUGUCCCUCUACUUGCGAUGGAAUUCUGUACAGGAGGUAACUUGCGCAAGGUACUGGGCAAGCCUGAAAACUGCUGUGGACUUAAAGAAAGCCAAGUUUUAAGCUUAUUACAUGAUGUUGGUUCUGGCAUCCAAUAUUUACAUAACCACAGAAUUAUCCACAGAGAUCUGAAACCUGAAAAUAUUGUGUUGCAAGAAGAUAAUGGCAAGUUGAUAUACAAAAUAAUUGACUUGGGCUAUGCAAAGGAUCUGGAUCAAGGAAGUCUUUGCACAUCUUUUGUAGGAACAUUACAGUACCUGGCACCAGAGUUAUUUGAAUCACAAUCUUACACAGUCACUGUAGACUACUGGAGCUUUGGAACACUAGUAUUUGAGUGCAUCUCAGGAUUUCGACCAUUUUUACAUAAUAUGCAGCCGUUCCAAUCGCAAGACAAAGUUAGAGUUAAGGGCCAAUAUGACAUUAUGGCUGUUGAAGAGAUGAAUGGUGAAGUACGGUUCUCCCCAAAUUUGCCACAGCCCAAUGGCCUUAGCACCUUAAUGGUAAAACCAUUGGAGACAUGGCUGCAAAUGAUGUUGGUUUGGGAUCCUAAACAACGGGGUGGUAAUGUAGAUCCAAACACAAAUCGACUAGCCUGCUUCACGCUCCUGGAGCAGAUUUUAAGUCAGAAGUUUGUUCAUAUAUUAAAUAUGACUUCUGCCCGGGUUCAUUCCUUUUUGAUUGAACCUGAUGAGAGCCUGCAUUCUCUUCAAAUGCGAAUCGAAGCUGAAACAGAAAUUGCUGCUGCAAACCAGGAGUUGCUUGUGGAAACCGGGAUUUCUUUGGAUCCUCGAAAGCCUGCCAAUCAAUGUGUGCCAGAUGUAAGAGGCUGGGAUCGGUACAUGGUGUAUCUCUUUGAUAAAAGUAGCACCAUCUAUGAAGGACCUUUUGUUGCCAGAAAAUUACCAGAGCAUGUUAAUUAUGUUGUACGGGAUGCUAAGAUAAUGUUGCCUAAUGCUCAGCUGAGGAAGGUGUGGGGAGAAGCUGUGAAUUAUGUCUGUGGAUUAAAGGAGGACUACAGCAGAUUGUUCCAGGGCCAGAGAGCUGCAAUGUUGAGUCUGCUGCGUUAUAACAAUAACCUUACAAAAAUGAAAACAACCAUGUUUUCUAAUUCUCAGCAGUUGAAGGCUAGGUUGGAUUUCUUUCAGUCCAGCAUUAAGCUUGAUCUGGAAAAGUACAGUGAGCAAAUGGCAUAUGGAAUAUCUUCUGAGAAGAUGUUAAAAGCAUGGAAGGAAAUGGAAGAGAAGGCAGAGGCUUGUAAGCAGGCUGCUGAAAUUGGUCAUUUGGAAGAACAAAUUAUGGGUCUGCACAGUGAGAUAGUGGAACUUCAGAGGAGCCCAUAUGCGAGACGGCAGGGAGACGUCAUGGAAAACCUUGAGCAGAAAGCUAUUGAUUUAUACAGAAAGCUCAAGGGAAAACCAAAAGACUCACAUCAAUAUGGAGACAGUACAGAGAUGGUGAAGAUCAUUGUACAAACAGUGCAAAAUCAAGAUCGUGUGCUUAAGGAGCUCUACACCCAUCUCAGUAAGCUGUUGGCCUGUAAGCAGAAGAUCAUUGAUCUUUUCCCAAAGAUUGAACAGGCGCUUGACAACAUUAGAGAAAAUGAAAAAAUGUUGUUGAGAUCGCAAGAGAAGAGACAGAAAGAAAUAUGGUAUUUGUUAAAAAUUGCAUGUAGCACGGCUCGAGGGCCUGAAAGUGCCAGUCUCGAAUCGUCAGGUUCACCCCAUGGUUUAGGGUGGGCACAACAGGCCCAAACUUUAACACCACAGAAUACUUUGCCGAACCCGUUGUCCUCUAUUUCCUUGUUGAAGAACAGUGAAUCAUCCAUGACUGUAAUUGAAGAAAACCAGAGUUUCUGCAGCCAGUUGCACAGUCUGAUGCAGGAAACUCUAUCAGACCAGAAAUACAGCAUGUCGUCUCUUGAUUGGAGUUGGCUUGAAGAAAUGGUAUCAGACAGACCCUGAAAUUCAUAUUUUGGUGUGGCAGUUGAUUCCUUGAGCCCUGAGCACUGGAGGAUCAUGAGACGGUGUGGAUUUGCAGUGGUGAAUGCUCUGAAGAAAAGUCAUAUUUCUGGAGCUUGGAAACUCAAUCCCUCUGUCUCUCAGAAGUCUCUUGGCAUUUUAGUUGCACUGUUGCAGUUCAGCUAACACAUGAAUGCACUAAGCUGCCAAUAUGCUGCUUUAUCACUUUGUCAUCUACUGUUAGCUUUCACAACACAGUUGCUGCAGUAACAGUUUAUAAAGUUCCUCUAGAUAUUUUGCUGAGGUUUGCAUAAAGUAAUAGAAACAAUAAAUGAUGAAAAAGCACAUGAACCCCUGUCAACAAUCAGAAGGAAAAAAUAUAUAGAUUUGCAAACGUUUUUGUGCAUUCUACUGAAGUCUAUACUGAUAUGUUUUAAUCAGCUGUUGAUGGACCUGUUCUAUGCAUCCAGGAUUUAUAGCUUCUGCCUUUUAAUUUCAUGUUUCAUUUCACAUAUUUACAUGAGUAUUUAUUCAGUGUCCACUGGUAUAAUUUUUUUUUCCAAGUUUCCUUCCACAUUUUGUACAGAGUUAAAUAACAGUCUUAGUUGUGUUAUGUGACUUGUGGAAUCAACCAUAAUAGGUCCACUUUUCCACGAGAUGCCUCGAGGAACGUCGCGGAGGAGCGAUGUCUUCAUCUAGCCUAAUAUAGCACCUUGGGUUACAAAUAUGACGCUGAUCUCGGAACCACAAGAGCUAUUUAGUUAACUAAUCCCCGUAGGUGGCACUAUGGUUUCUUACAGCUCUUAACGUGGUCUGAAAUUAUGACCAUGCACAGUGACGUUAGUCGUAGGAGAAGUUUAUAAUGUGGCCGGGUGACCUGACAAAAGGCCUUUAAUGCAGAUUUCCAAAUGAUUUAUUUUUAAAGAAAAAAUAUUAAAUGAGUUUCCAAUGCUACUAUUCUAUCAAAUACAAUUAAGGGCUGCUGGUUUCUUACCAUUUCAAUUUCAUCUUUUAAAAGGGGAAUAAACAUACUAAAAUUCCCUGCUUAGAAGCUGCAUACUUUUAAAGAGAGCAAUUGGAAAAUACCAACUGAAUCUUAACAACUGAAACAUCAAUGUGAUGUGUAGCUACCUGAAUAGUUUGUCGAUUCUUUUUCAAAAUUCUCAUGUAUUUUGUGCUACAUUCAAAGCUUGUUUUUUCCUUGCUACAUUAUUUUUUAAUGUGUUUUUCUCUGUAUUUUGAAGGAUUUUGGUAUCAUGAUUUUAACUUUAAGUCAAUUUUGCAAAUUAUUUUGUUCAAAAUUGUAACCAUCAAACUUUUAAAUGUUUUUAAAUGCUCUGAACUACCUUGAAAGUUUUGCCAUGUCCUUUUUCCUCACCUCUAUGAUUUUUGGUUAAAAGAGGAGCUAAUCCAGCCAAAGAAUUGGUCAUCGUUGUGGUAAAGCUAGCUGUUGACCUGACAUCGCAAGCAAAAUAAAAUUGCAGAACCAUUCUUUCCCCCUCUGCUCAAAGGAAUCUUACAUCAGCACUGAAGUGAGAUUGGCUUUUGCCUCAGUGUGCAUGCUUGUUAACAUUUUGUGCAAUCCCUGUCGAAUUCAUGAAUGCGAAACAAAUACCAGAAUGGUCAUUUUAAAAAUACCAGAAUGGUAAUUUUUUUCUGUAAUCUGUUCAGUCAGCCAUUAAGCUAAAACAUAUUACUUCGUAAGUGAAAUUACUUCCGUAUGUGAUUUUAAAUGUGGCUGUGUAACAAACAUAUACUUUUAUUUUAAUUGAUUAAUAUGUUGAGACUUUUUGCAACUGACAAAUAGCCUAGGAUGAAAUAAUUAUUAUUCAAUAUGAACCAUCAAAUGUCCACCUGAAUAUUGUUUAUUAUUUUUGUGAAACAGGAAACGAUAAGUACAGAAUGCACAUUUUUUAUAUAAAAUGACCCAAUGGAUUAUAAAAAAUAAUGCUGGCUGUGCAGUUGAACUAUGAUUGCUAAUGUGGGUGGUCAAGUUUUCAUUUCUUGAGGUUUAUGUUGUUAAUAUUGUUGUUAAGCUGAAUACCCUUUCUUAUUUUUGCAGUCUUGUCAGUUGUGGCUGAACCUUGUGAUGUGAAAAGUUUUAUAAUUCUUUCUCAUUUGUUUUUGUCGUUGUUUUUUUCAGGGGCGCAUUUAUACUUAAACUUGUUGUGAGCAAAAAGAUUGUGAAUUAAUGCUGGUGGCACUUUGGGGUGCAGUAUGAUUUGUGCAACCACACACACACAGGUUUAAAAGGGAAAACAAAUAUUUCCAGUGAAUUUAUAAACCAAACGAUUGCCAAGAAGUUCAAAUGUUUCAUGCUUUUGCAGCUGUACGCAAUUGGGAAUUGACUUCCAUCUGAGUGACGUGAUAAUGACAAUUAUUAAAUUGUUUCUCUUACCUUUGUAUACUUAAUCUGUUAUAUGCAUUCCAUUGAAUGCUCCUAUUGGAGGAUUGCUGGGGAAAUUAGACCAAAUUGCCUCAGAUCAAUAUUGUUGGGGAUAUUGACUGGGUUUAGAUUGCGACCCCUCUACAUUAAAUAUUGUAUUCACUUUUCUCACGCUGACGCCUCUCCACAAUGACCACUGUCAAUACUGCCCUUCCCGAGCCUACAAGCUCAGUACCCUGACCCCAAGCUCAAACCUUUUCCCCUUCUAUCCCUUCAGCUCUGAUCUUUAGCUUGCUGACUGAAUCGCCAAUCUUGGGUAGCGCACUUUGCGAUAGAGAAAUGUACUUUCAGAGAUCUUGGGCUUCGUUUGCAGCUGAAGUUUGCAGUAACCAGCAAUCAAAAUGGUCAUAAGUGCGCCACUGUUGGAACCUAAUUGGCACCCGAACAUUCCUCGGCCAAUGUGUAUUAACUGGAAUUGCAAAACGAAAAUUAGAACAAGUUGCGUAUAUUUUAAUGCCUUAAUGCUUGUCUUUUCUAUGAUAUACUGAAUCAGUGAAUGGAAAUUUCACUCUUCAUCUUAACACAGAUUCUGCUGCCAAUUAUGCAUCUCUUGUUUGUGUCUUUUUAGAAGGCAGUAUGGCAGCUUUGAUUGCACUUUGCACUUUUAAGAUGUCAUGUUGUUUUAAUCUUGUUUUAAUUUUGAAAUUUGUUCAAAUUAUCUAAAACGCUGAUAUUCAAUGCAAUAUGUUAUGCAAUGGAGUGUAAGGCCACUUGUGCUUUAAAUACAUAAUAUCUUUGUCUCUUGAAUUUGUGAAUAGAGGGUUGUGGACAUUGUUCAGUCCCACAUGCUUAGGUUUUACGUUAAAUUAAACGCAAAGCAUUUCUUCAUUGUCAUAACAAAUUGACAAAUGCAUACAUUCCAUUGAUAAAUGUUUUUUUCACAAAAUGUUGCAUCAUAUACAGAUUUUGUUAGGAUGUAUCAGCCGUAAGAAAUCAAUUGUAUUAUACUUGCUUUUCUGGAUUUUUCGUUGUUAUACAGCAUGCCCCAUGAUGUUAUAUUUUGUUCCUCCUUCAAAUUCAUUUGUAUUUUUGCACAUCAUUAGUACCCAAGGAAUAUAAAGCUACACAUAUCCUCACUCCUCCAUUACAACUUAUUAUUUCAUCAUAACCCCUUCAACUCAACACCUCCCUCUGAAACUAUGUCUGCCCAAUCCCUACACAAAUGCUGUCCAACCUGCUGAGUCCUUCCAGCUCUUUGUUGUUUGCGGUAGCAUUCUCCUCUUGACACACUGAUCAGGGCGAGACUCCUUGCCUGGGGUUGGAGGACACUUGUGCGUGACUUUGUUUAACGUGGGGAGACUGGUGCACAGCGAGCCACCACACGGUCCUUGAUAGAUCUGGGUCAGGAUCCAGUGGCAUGGAGUCCAAGACGACUGGAGACCCUUUUCUGCUGCAGCCUUCAUCUGCCUUCCCAGCAUUGUGACGCUCCACUAAAGUCAGCCAUCAUCCUCCGCCUGUUCCAUCAUUGAGGUCCUUGCCUAACACCAGGCCUAACCUAGUUCCAUUCUCUCAAGAAUGAUAUCCAUAGAAGACACUUCCAAGGCCUUUUCCUCCUCAUAAAUGAUUACUACUUUUUGUCCCCCCCCCCCGAUAGUCUAUUCUUGACAUUCCUCACCUUUAUCCUCCCUGACAGAAAUAUGGUACAAAAGUAUGUGUUGAUUCCUCUUGUAGGCUGAAGAAUGUGUUGAUUCCUCUUGUAGGCUGCACCUCACUGUCGCCUCACUUGACAUUUUCAGGAUAUUAAAAUGUUCCUACUAGAUUCCUGAUUACUAUCCAUCUCCAUAAGACCCACCUGUGGACAAAAAAUAUUUUGGGAUCUUAGUUUCCCUUUGGCUUAAAAUGUGUUCCAGGCCAUGUAUCAUGUCAUUGCACGGACUUCCUAUUUCCACCUCCAUAUUAUGUGUCUCCACAUAUUAUGUGUCAUCAGCAACUGAAGACCUCAUCCAUGCCUUUGUUACACUUUGAGUUAACUAUUCCUACAGAGCCUUCAUCUUUCUAUUUCCAUAAAUACAAGGUUACCCACAACCUUUCUGUCCUUAUUCCCAGUUCACACCAAAUCCUAUCACUAAUGUACUUGCUCUCAUGUAAACACGAAGUUUUAAAAUUCUUGGUGUAAUGUUCCGCUGCUUAAUGUCCUUGUCUCUCUUCUAUUAAUAUCCUCUAUUCUUUCAACUCACCACAAUAUCUGUACAGUUGGAAUUCUAGUCUUCGUUACUUCCUACUUCAUCAGAUCUUCAAUUGGCAAUAAUCGAAGCUCUAAACUCUGGAAUCCACUCAAAAUCUUUCUGCCUCUCUCCCCUUCUUUCCUCUUCGAAGGUACCCCUUAAAACCCAUGUUUUAAAUGUUGCUGUCUUUAAGUGGUUUGUGUUAAAUUUUAUUUGCUAACAUUUCCAUCAAGCAUCUAGGGAUGGUUUACUAUUUUAGAGUGCAACAUAAGUACAGAUAUUGUCGUCAAUGUAGAUCUGUUUGUGUGUUCACUUUUGACCACUUUGUCAACCAAGUCCGUUGCUGUGGAAUUAUUUUGUUAAACUGACAAAAGGAAAACUAAUUCCCAAAAAUGUAAAUAAAGUUUGAAAAUCAAAA